GGCAUUAUCGAUCCUUCAGCAACUGUGGCAAAUACCUCUAGGGGGGUCAUCACCUAUUAUUUUAUUAGCGUGUAUUUUGAUGUUAAGCUUGGCUCAUAACAUACCAAGGAUUCCUCCAAACAGGAACACAUCAAAGUUGUCCGCAUCUUCAGGGGCAAGAUCACUCUUCCCCUGAGGGUCAAGAAGGCAUACUCUAGACUUCUUGUCCGCAUACAACUCCUCCACACCCCGCCUCUCAGCUGUGAACGAGGGGAUGGCAGCCAAGGCGUCUGGGACCUUGAACUGUGGGUGGAGAGACGAAAGGAAGAACUUGGACCCAGUCUCUUGCGACUCGCGCGCGAUGGUGAUAUACUCGAGUUCUGACCAGGGUCCAAGCUCCUCGUCCAGGUGCUCAACGAUAUGCUCAGUUAGGAGAUAAAAUGGUGGAAAGUACCCAAGUGAAGGAUGGAAAUGUGCAAUUAAACGGCAUCGAUAAUUUUUAGCUCGUGGGCGCCCGAUGCCAAGAACGGAGCCGGCAGAUCGGCGCGCCCCACAGAAGGUCUUCCGAAGCCACCGGCGCUCCCCUGCAGCCCCGCGCCGCUAUGUCCUCCCCUCCCCUCAAGACACUGUUCCAGACUGCGCAACAACGACGCUUCUUCAGUGCCCUAGCAACCGGAUAGAGCCACAUACCUACACCAAAUCCCGUUGCGCAAAGCCUCGACGAAGAGUAGCACAGGCGCCCGGGAUAUUAGAGUUGCGGGCACAUUAUUCAGACCCGAAUCCGGGAACGUGGCACAGGGAGAGCUUUGUUGGUCUUGCGCCUGGGGCCCUGCCUGUUGGACCCGGCGCGGUGAAACACGUACCUUGACUGGGCUGCCUGCCUACUAUCUCGGGCAACUUUUUUACCUUAUCCACGCAUUGGUUCUGUCUACUCUUGCGAAAUAGCUACAACCUGUCUUCUAUUACCAAUUAUUUGAAUCCCGUGGUAUUCGUGUGGGACUAUUACCUCCACGUUUCUUCUUACAUUCCCUUGUUUGGCCUAGGUACCAGUGAUAAUCAGCAACGCCAAGCUCAGCUUGCAGUCGUCAGCCCGCCCCAGCCCACUGCAUCCCGCCCCUGUCUUAGGACAGAUCUGUCCAUCCAUUGGAAAAGUAUCUCGACAAACCUCCAUCGUCGGUUUCGCAGAGAACCUCACGUUAUUUGACUGCCUUUUUUGGUCCCCGAUGACCGCCGCUGCCGUCACCAGGUAGCCAGAUACACAGGCUCUCUUCAACAUUCGUUGCGCCGGUCUGAGGACCCUCGCGACUGGGGAAUCAUGGCUGUUGGACGGUCCUUGGCGGACUGGAGGCGUCUACCAUCCAUCGUUACCGCCGCCGCCGUCGCCCUCUCAUGGACGGCGACACUAGCUGUCGCCGAUGUCAAGGCGGCCGGUGACUACUUUGUCCAUUCACUUCCAGGGGCGCCGCCAGGUCCCCUGGUGAAGAUGCAUGCUGGGCAUAUCGAGAUAACACCCGAUGUCAAUGGCAACAUGUUCUUCUGGCACUUCCAAAACAAACACAUUGCGAACAAGCAACGAACAGUGAUAUGGUUGAACGGCGGCCCCGGCUGCAGCUCCGAGGACGGUGCUCUGAUGGAGAUUGGCCCAUAUAGGUUAAAAGAUAAGGACACGCUGGUGUACAACGAGGGAGCAUGGAACGAGUUCGCCAAUGUCCUCUUCGUCGAUAACCCUGUCGGCACGGGGUUCAGCUAUGUCGACACCAACGCUUAUGUACGCGAACUCGACGUUAUGGCUGACCAGUUUGUUACUUUCCUGGAGAAGUGGUUCAAGCUGUUCCCCGAGUAUGAACACGACGAUAUAUUUAUUGCUGGAGAAUCCUACGCCGGCCAGUACAUCCCCUACAUCGCCAAGGCUAUCCUUGAGCGCAACAAGAAAGGCGGCGAGUCCUCCUACAAAUGGAACCUCGCCGGUCUCCUCAUUGGCAACGGCUGGAUUUCCCCUCCCGAACAAUACGAAGCCUACCUCCAGUUCGCCUACGAGAAGGGCAUCGUCAAAAAGGGCUCCGACGCCGCCUCCAAGCUCGAAGUCCAACAGCGCAUCUGCUCCAAGCAGCUGGCCGUCGGCCCCGCCCUCGUCGACAACACCGACUGCGAGAAGAUCCUCCAGGACCUCCUUCAGCUAACCGCCACUAGCAAAGGCGGCGAGCAGCGUUGCGUGAACAUGUACGACGUCCGGCUGACCGACACCUAUCCGUCAUGCGGCAUGAACUGGCCUCCCGAUCUCGACGCCGUAACCCCUUACCUCCGCCGCAACGACGUAAUCCAGGCCCUGCAUGUGAACCCGAACAAAGUCACCGGCUGGGUGGAAUGCAACGGCCAGGUCGGCGCAAACUUCAAGCCCUCUUCCAAACCCUCGGUUGAACUCCUCCCCGACCUGCUAAAAGAAGUCCCCAUCAUCUUGUUCUCCGGCUCGGAAGAUCUAAUCUGCAACCAUUUGGGCACCGAAGCGCUGAUCUCCAACCUGCAAUGGAACGGCGGAAAGGGCUUCGAAAUCACCCCCGGCACUUGGGCCCCCAGACGUGACUGGACCUUUGAGGGCGAAGCAGCUGGCUUCUGGCAGGAGGCCCGCAACUUGACCUAUGUAGUCUUUUACAACAGCAGCCAUAUGGUCCCGUUUGACUACCCCCGCCGCACAAGAGACAUGCUAGACCGGUUCAUGGGGGUGGACAUCUCCUCCAUCGGCGGCAAGCCCACCGACUCCCGCCUCGACGGGGAGAAAGUCCCCGAAACCACCGUCGGCGGGGUGGCCGGUAACGGCACCGACGCGCAGCAAGCAGAGAAGGAAAAGCUCGACACGGCCAGGUGGGAAGCCUAUCGCAAAUCAGGGGAGAUCGUCCUGGUGAUUGUGGCGUUUUCGGCAGCGGGGUGGGGGUGGUGGGUGUGGAGGGAGAGGAAGAAGAGGAGGGGUUACAUGGGGGUGUCUGGGGGGGAGAAUAUCUCGCCUCCUGGGGAAGCGAGGGGGAGGGAAGGGUUUAGAGACAAGCGUUCGGCGGCGGAUUUGGAAGCGGGGGAUUUUGACGAGAAUGAGCUGGAUGAUUUGCACAUGAGGACGCCGACGACGGUGAUGGGUGGGGAGGGGAAUGAUCCUAGGUAUAGUGUGGGCGCAGCGAGCGAGGAUAGUGAGGAUGAGGAGGACGUGAAGGGGAAGGGGAAGGAGAAGAUGUCGGGUUGAGUCUAGGUCAUAUGGGGUUGGAUGGGCAGAAUCAAAGUCUUUUUGAUACUACACAACAAUUGGAACAACAGGAGUGAAUCGGAAAGAAGGAUCACAGAGAAAGGAAAGGCUGGUUGGUCGGUUGGUUUCCUGGUGUUUCAGGCGGGGGGUUUAACAAAUGUCAAUUUGAGCUCAUCUUUGCGCACGGCUUUUACAGUUCACGUUGGCAUAAACAGCACA